GGGAAAAGCCACAGCAUAGUUCAAACGCCUUGAGUUUCAAAUUCAGCGAGGCGCGUGUCUGCUGUGUACUUUAGGCCAAAGUUCCUUCCGCGGAUCCAGUGCGUCAACAAUAGACAGAGCAGCUUGGGAUGCCGAAGAAAUAGGCUGGCUACGUGUUUUUGUCGUGAGAGUACUAUAGAAGGAGGAGUCGGUAUGCAUGUUAUUUAGUCCUUGUAACAACACUGCCAGUGUUGCUUUUAACCACACGAGUUAAGCAACGCGCGACCCCAAGCCUUAUAGUGAGCGUUUAACCCUGCCCGCGACUGGUGUUUACAAAGUUCCGUUAAGAAGUCACUGUCGUCGGUGGAGUCGUAUAAACUACAAGACACCAGCAGCUCUCAGACACCUGCAACAUGGCUCGGGAAAUACACAACUUUCAUCCCGUGGAUUAUGUGAUAUUCGCGUUGAUGCUGUUGAUUUCUGCGGCGAUUGGGGUUUACUAUGGUUGUACGGGAGGCAAGCAGAAAACUACCAAGGAGUUCUUGAUGGCUAACAGAGCUAUGCAUUACGUUCCGGUUUCCCUGUCGCUGUUCGCUAGCUUUAUGUCCGCCAUCACCAUCCUGGGGACGCCAUCGGAGAUCUACAAGUACGGUACUCAGUACUGGUGGAUAGCCUUGUCGUAUGUGAUAACGAUGCCAGCAGCAGCCUACAUCUACAUCCCCAUAUUUUAUAACCUAAAGGUGACCAGUGCUUAUGAGUACCUGGAGAUCCGCUUCAACAAGGGCUUACGAGUUGCUGGUGUAAUAGUGUUCAUGAUACAAAUGUUAAUAUAUAUGUCUAUAGUUCUUUACGCUCCAUCCCUUGCCUUGGAAGCUGUCACGGGGUUUUCCGUGUGGGGGUCCGUCUUCUCCGUCGGGAUCGUCUGUACUUUCUAUACCACACUGGGCGGCAUGAAGGCUGUGCUGUGGACGGAUUCCUUCCAGGUUAUCAUGAUGUUCAUGAGUAUACUGGCCGUGCUAAUCCAAGGUUUCAUCGAGGUGGGAGGAAUCAGUCGUGCCUGGGAAAUAGCCACCCAGAACGAAAGGAUAGAGAUUUGGAACUUUGACCCUAAUCCCGCCGUCCGCCAUACUUUCUGGAGCCUGACCUUUGGUGGUACCUUCACCUGGGUGGCUGUGUACGGAGUUAAUCAAGCUCAGGUUCAAAGAGCUCUUACCUGUCCGACACUGAAGAAAGCACAGCUGGCGUUCUGGUUGAACCUGCCCGCCCUGAUCCUUCUAGUCAGUACAUGUUGUCUCUUAGGAAUUGUCGUCUUCGCUCGCUAUGUAGCAUGUGACCCCAAACUCAAUGGCGACAUCUUUUCGGAUGAUCAGAUUCUACCUUUGUUCGUGAUGGACAUCUUACAUUGGAUGCCCGGCAUCCCAGGACUCUUUGUGGCCGGGUUAUUCAGUGGAGCUCUGAGUACCAUAUCUUCUGGGCUGAACUCACUGGUGGCCGUCACACUUCAAGACUUCAUGAGAAAGUUCUGCUGUAAGGGGAUGACAGAGGACAGGGCUACGUUAUGGUCCAAAGUGUUGGCCCUCAUUUUCGGAUGUAUCUGCAUUGCCCUGACGUUCGUCGCUGCUCAGCUAGGAGGCAUUCUUCAGGCUGCACUCGCACUGUACGGCAUGUUAAGUGGUCCAAUGCUUGGGCUGUUCACCCUGGGAAUGCUUUUUCCAUGGGCAAACUCAAAGGGUGCCUUCGCCGGCCUGUUUUCCAGCCUCGCGCUAAUAUUCUGGAUAGGGAUUGGAGCAAACAUCGUGAAGCCGCCAUUUUAUACGCCGCCUGUGUUUAUUCACGGCUGCACAAAUUACACGAGUAACUAUACGACGCUUACGAACGUCACAACAACCACUGUGUCGAUGCCCGUACACAAUGUCCAACUCACUGAAAUAACGGGUGUGGACAAGCUGUACACCGUGUCCUACAUUUGGUACAGCGGUAUUUCCUUCUUCACGGUGCUCGUUGUUGGCCUCAUUGUCAGCUUUGCCACAGGUGCCACAAAACCAGAGGAGGUUGAUCCUAGAACUAUUGUGCCCAUUUUUGACGUCUGCUGUCCGUUUCUUCCUGACAACUGGAGAAGGAGACUCCGGUGGGGAAUAGACCACACAGAUAAAUUCGCUGAAGAAAACAGCGAUGAGGCUGCAGAAAAAAUGGCGACGUUUAACGACAGCAAAAAUAACGACGACGAAAGUCCUGUGCCGCCGGACUACAAUGACGUCAUAGCGGAUUCUGCCGAAGCUGACUUGGGCCCGCCCAUCGCUCUCGUCCGGCCGUCGGAGAGUGCCGCCACGAUGGGUCAUCAGUCAGUAAGAUCUGACGCCAGUCUCAUAUCUCGAGAAUGAAAAAAUGGAGAAAACACACUCAAACUCCGCCUUUCUCACUAGUGCUGAUUUCACCACCCGGUAAACAUCCAAAGAGGAACAUCAUCUAUAUUUUGGUCCAUGGAGAUUGUAAUAGAGAGACAUCCUUCUUACAGCCCAAGUGCCGCACUCUACGCUCGCUUAUGUUAUUACUAGCACACAAUGUUUUUUUUUUUACAUGUAAGCUUAGCCUCACCACUGAUGUCCUCUCGCGGAUCAUCACUCAUCAGUGUUCCAGGACUCCGUUAAAAUCAUGUUAUCCAUUCUUUACAUACAAAGAAUACAUGUGUACAUGUAUCAGGGAUUAACAGUUUCUCUGACUCCACUUUCUACCUCAUCACUUUGACCCCAGUGACCUCUCCAUUGUUAAAGAUUUCUGUUCAAGUUUUACUCAUGAUUGCAGUGAUGUAAAGCGAAUGUAGAGAGAGGCGCAUGCGCUGUGGCGUGUAUGAUACAGACCGUGUACAUGUAGGUAUGAAUCGAUAGCCUAAUAAACUAAAAUAUACGCAAAAGCGCAAGAUCUGAACACGCUUUACAAAGCGGAAAAAACUAUACGAAAUUAUAUAUGAAUAAUUUGACUUUAUCAUGCUUUUCUUUGUAGAGCACAACUGUGGUUUCCGUUUGAGUGCAUGUAAUUACUUCGUAUCAUGGGGGAGGGAGGAGGGGGGGCGUGCCUGAUCGGAAAUGACCAGUUGUAUGUAACAACUUACUUAGCGAAAUUUAUCACUUAUCUGUUAAGAAAUGAAUACGGCUCAUCUGUCCAUAACUGUUAUCUUGAUGUGAUGAAUAUCACUUUAAAUCUGGACAACUCAAAAGCCUCUCACCCAUGCGGUCGCUGUGAGUUCAAGCCAAGCUCAUGCUGGCUUCAUCUCCAGCCGUACGUGGAAAGGUCCUGCAGAAACCUGCGGACGGUCGUGGGUUUCCCUCGGCUCUGUCCCGGUUUCUUCCCACGUUAAUGCCGACCGCCAUCUAUAAGUGAAGUACUCUUGAGUUCGGCGUAAAACACCUAUCAAAUAAAUAAAUAAAAUUAAGACAAUGAGCUUCCCACCUCUUUACAAAGGGAAGCGAAUAUUUUAAUCCAUGGAAGACUAGAUAGGCAUAUGUGUAUAACAAAACCUGCUACAGUCAUUCACGAUCACUUGUAUCGUUACUGAAAUCACUGGUAUUGUUAUUAAAGUAGGAGUAUAGAGGGAGUAAUACCGUUCCAUAACGUGCAAGUACAAGGUUAUACGCUAUUUAGCUGUACAGGGAUGACGAGCUCUAUUGGUAAGCAAACAUCGUUUACAGUCAUAAAACGUACAUAAUGAAAAAAGAUUUUUUUUUUUUUUUUGAUUGGUGUUUGACGCCGUACUCAAGAAUAAUGAAAAAAGAAGAGAAUACUUUUUUAGUCAAUCUCAUUUAUGUUUAACGCUCUGCUCACGGCAGUAGAACUCAUCUCAACACGGUAUGAUGCCGAGUGUACAUUGCCUAGACUGAAGUAAACAGUACUCCAUCUGUAUCAGGAAAUACGCAGUCUUUGUUCAUCCAAAGACAAGUCUCAUAUACUCAUCGUCUUUACUGGAAUUAAAUUGUGUAAUUCUAAGAGUUUUAAGAAAAUAAAGAAACUUGACAAAAA